AUGAGCACAGAGAGGGGUGAUCAGGUCAUCAUUGACACUCACAACACUACAAUCCACACCCUUGGCAGAAAAAAUGAGGGAAAGAAGCUGCGUUACAUGCAGAAAGAUGGCAGCUUUCCUGUGCUGUUUCAGAAGGCCCCCGGAAACUGGGGCCCAUAUCUGAUGGACAUCUUCACCACUCUUGUGGAGAUCCGCUGGAGGGUGAUGCUCCUCAUCUUUUCCCUGUCUUACAUUCUCUCCUGGCUCUUUUUUGGUCUCUGUUAUUGGCUUAUUGCAUAUGUAAAUGGAGACACGGAUGAUGUAGAAAAUGAACCCUGUGUGGCCAAUGUGGAUGGCUUUACUGGAGCGUUUAUGUUCUCAAUGGAGAGCCAGGCAACUAUUGGCUAUGGCUUCAGGGCGAUAACUGAGAACUGUAUUGUGGCCAUUAUUGUACUGACAGUUCAAAGUGUAGUCAGCUGUCUCCUUGAUACCAUUAUCAUUGGUAUUGUUUUGGCUAAAAUGGCAUCUGCUCGUAAAAGAGCUCAGACAGUGGGCUUUAGCAGCUGUGCAGUGGUCAACCUGCGAGAUGGGGUUUUGUGUUUGUCAUGGCGCCUUGGCGACUUUAGAGGUAAUCACAUUCUGGAAGGUGUGGCCAGGGCCCAGAUAGUCCGCUUUGUGAAGAAGCCUCUGGGCUCUGUUGUAGUAUCAUACGAGGACCUAGACAUCCAGAACCAAGACAUUGUCCUUGCCACACCAGCAACAAUUACUCACAAGCUGGAACCUGGCAGCCCCCUCUACAGCCUGAGCCUGGAUGACCUGCAGCAGGACCACUUUGAACUGGUGGUGUCCUUCACCUACACUGGUGACUCUACUGGAAUGCUCCACCAGACACGUACCUCCUACACACCAGCAGACAUCCGCUGGGGGCAGCGUUUCCAGGACAUGUUGAAAUUGGGCAAGAAGCAUUACAGGGUGGACUACGCUCUGUUCAAUGAGACCACAUGGGUGGCAGUGCCCCUCAUGAGUGCAGAGCAGUAUGACAGGGGGAGACAUCCAGUAGGGACGGGACAGUCCGACAGUGAACACUUAAGAUUAAUCAAGAGAAAUGGAGGCAGCUAUGCAGUGACAUCUGACAUUGCUGCUGAGGUGAUGCACCAAACCUGUUUGUAG